UAAUUUGUCCGAAAUUUUCCCUCUGUGCACUUAUAACACUAAUAAUAGUUCCCCUAAGACACAAAAAUAAUGAUGACCCUGAGUUAUGGCGGCGAUCGGUAUUAGUUUACCAAAUAAAUUAUGAAACAGUGUAAAAUUAUAAUUUCAACGUACAUUCUUAAAAUCUUUGCCAGAAAUUUCCGGCACUCUUCUUGGAAAUUUUGUAGUUCCACUGAAAUUUCUAUGAAUUACAUUAUUGAAAUUAAACUGAAAUGUCAGUCUCCUAAAAACUAACUUACUAAUCAAAUCUCUGUGAAAUUUCAAAUUUUUUCUAACAAUAUUCGUGCACUUUAUCUCUCUUUUUUCCUUUUCACCAACAGUUCACAAAUUUUACAGUUCGUCUGCAAAAAAUUACAUAACAGAAGGAAAAAUUUAUCCUUUCCCUCACAUUUUUUCUCUCAAUUUCAAAUAAAAAUUGCUGAAUUUCAUUUCACUCUCCGAUUACCUAGAUUUCCUGGUGAAUUUUCGUUCGAACUUUUCUCUUCGUGUACCCAUAAAACUCCUAACAGUUCCCCUAGAACAGAAAAAUAAUUGUGAAUCUCUGUUAUCGCGACGUUAACCAUCAGUUUGGUCCCCAAACGCGACUUCUUGAACUCGAAUAUUUGAGGGUCAGGUAGUCCAAGUCCGUAUUGUGUCGGAUUUAACUCGCUGUGGUCCAUCGAACUGUAGUGAAACCCUGCCACAUUUCAAAAACGUGGGAUCAUGACAGUGAGGAUCGUUCCAGUUUCCCUAUGGGAAAAGUUUAAACUUCACGUGCUGUCGUUUAUCUUCGGAGUUUAUUUGAUUAUUGUGAGGCUUUUCAAGUGGGCAUGGGACCCCAAGAAGUUCUUCGGAAUGGUCAAGAGGGAUAAACCGCCUCCCUUUCUUGUUGAUAACAGCCUUGGAAAACACUCCUAUGUGAAAUUGAAGGGCAUUAAAUUCCACUAUGUGGAGGCUGGUGAGAAAGAUAAACCCCUUGUUCUGCUGUUGCACGGCUUUCCUGAUUGCUGGCUGUCUUGGAGGGAGCAAAUACCGGUUUUAUCGGAGCAUUACAGGGUUGUGGCCCUAGACCUGAAGGGCUUCGGCGACAGCGACAAGCCCACCCACACGAAAUGCUACAAGAUAGACGUUUUAAUCGAUGAACUGCACCAAUUUAUUUUAACAUUCGGGGUGAAUCAGUGCAGUAUAAUUGGUCAUGAUCUUGGCGGGCUCUUGGGGUGGUACAUGGCAGCUUUACACAGUGAAAUUAUUUAUAAAUUUGUCGCGAUAUCCAGUCCACAUCCGAAUUACUACUGGAGCGGGAUGGGUCGCAAUACCUUUGAUGAUAAAUGGAUGCACUUCAGUAGACUUCCAUUUCUACCUGAAAUAGAUGCACUUAAGGAAGAUUUAUCUAUCAUCAAUGAUACGUUCACUCACCUGAAGAUUAAUCAGACAACGAGUGAAAAGAAUUAUGUUGAAGCGUACAAAUACGCUUUCAGCCGAACAGAGGAUUGGACUGGGCCGAUAAAUUACUAUCGAAACCUGCCUUUCAUGCGGCUCUACUCCAUCGAGCCCAUCAGCAAUCAGACUCUGUUGAUAGUCGGUAAUGCGGAUCCCUCAGUCUCCUUGGAGAGUGUCAUUCAAAGCUCUGACCUCGUCGCGAGGUUUAACAUCAAAGUUAUCACCGGCGCCCAACAUUUUCCUCAUCAGGAAAAGCCGGAAAUGGUUAAUGAAGUUAUUUUGAAAUUUUUGAUAGGUAAACCUCCACCAGUAGAAAAAACCCCAUCAAAAGGAAUCGUCUCGACGUGGCUGGGUUCCCUGAGUAGUACAGUAAAAUAUGGAAACCAAGUAUUCGAUGCCGUGCACAAACGAACGAACGGUGUUGUAAGUGGUUUACCCAACAAAGUACUUUAUCUGGGUCACACGACAACGUAACAUUCAGUCCCAUUGUCACGAAUGAAACGUCCCCAGAGCUGGGACGAUCCAAAGGCUGAAUUUUAAUAAUACUUGUCCUUCCGUCUUUUAACAACGAUAUGAACCACAUUGGCAGUCUAUUUCAUGUAAAAAUUAGUGAGUGUUUUGUGAUAAUUAUGCUCCACGUGAUGUAUAUUAUAUGAUUUCAAUAGUCAAGUUUAUUGUUGAGCUUUUGAGAAAGUUCAGAUUUUUUAGGAACGUGUGAGGGGAGAGUGUGAUAAAUCACGAAGUCAUUCGGUUUCGGUUGAUGUUCAUAUUAUUCACAUUACAAGCACUAUUCUUCCACUUACAAUAUUUUCAUGAGUACUAAUACAAAAAAAUAUUAGGAGCCCUUCGUUUUCAUUGAGCAAUGACUGCUCAUGAUUUACUCAAUGAAACGAAACAUUAAAAUAUCAUGAACUGUUUCAUAAUCUAGAGAGAAAUGACGUUUAUGAAUAUUAGAAUUGAUGUUUUGUGAAUGCGGAAUGUGAAUAUUGCUGUGAGAGUCCAAUAAAGUCUGUUAUUUUGAGAAUAUAAGUCUUUAAUUUACGUCCUCUCAUGCAAUUUCUUCUAUUGAUCAUUUAGUGUCAGCCUCCCAUGAACUGAACACGAAAUGAAUGCGUGUUUUAUGAUAAUUAUCCCCACGUGAUGUUCAUUAAUAUGAUUUCCAUAGUCAAGUUUGUUCUUGAGCUUUUGAGAAAGUUCAGAUUUUUUAGGAACGUGUGCCAUUUUGCGGGAUGGGAGAGUGUGAUAAAUCAUGAAUUCAUUCAGUUUCGCUGAUGUUCAUAUCAUUCACAUUGCAAGCACUAUUCCUCCACUUACAAUAUUUUCAUGAGUACUAAUACAAAAAAAUAUUAGGAGCCCUUCGUUUUCAUUGAGCAAUGACUGCUCAUGAUUUACUCAAUGAAACGAAACAUUAAAAUAUCAUGAACUGUUUCAUAAUCUAGAGAGAAAUGACGUUUAUGAAUAUUAGAAUUGAUGUUUUGUGAAUGCGGAAUGUGAAUAUUGCUGUGAGAGUCCAAUAAAGUCUGUUAUUUUGAGAAUAUAAGUCUUUAAUUUACGUCCUCUCAUGCAAUUUCUUCUAUUGAUCAUUUAGUGUCAGCCUCCCAUGAACUGAACACGAAAUGAAUGCGUGUUUUAUGAUAAU